AUGGAGGCAGCAGGAGCCAGGGGCACUGGAGUAGGCAGCGACAGCCAGGAGUAUGUGAGUGGUGGUGACCUUGGGGCCGGAGCCCGCCACUGUACAGCCAGGGAACAGAGCCUGAAGCCCCACGGCUGGAGCCUACCACCCGCCACUCAAGGUCUGAAGUUUGACCCCAUCAGCCCUGUGCUUUCAGAUUUCAACAUCUCCAGCUUUUCCAGUGUGCUCUUUCCAGCAUUUGCUGAGAGCUUCUUGAUGGCAGUGCCCCUGUGCCAGUUCACUGGGGCACAUGCCAGCAUCCAUAUCACACAUCUCAAUGGAACCACAGAUAUCAGGCACUUCACUGUGCCCCCAUGCUGCGGCAGGCAUGACCUGGUCAACCUAAUGGACAGCAAUGGUGGGUUCACAUUGACAAGACUGGAUGCUUAUCAGGUCACAAACCUAGUCCUCACCGGCUCUUUGGCUCUUAGCAUUUCUUACUCCACCCCCAAAAAGGACCCUUCUAGAUCCACAAGCAACAUGGUCACCAUGGUCACUCUGGAGCGAGUGGAUUACAGGAACACAGCUGUGGACAUCUCAUGCAGUGGGGUCAUGGUGGUGAUCACGGUUCUGCUCUCCGCAGGCCUCAUUGCUGUGCUGGCAAUCACAGGCCGCAAGUGA